UCCGGCUGCCGGGUCCAGACCUAGCCGGGAGGGGUGAGGGAUGCCGCUUGGGGCCCAGCUGCGGUGCCGCACCCCGUAAGGGCUGAGCUUCCACCUCGCCACCACGAUCCGGGGAGCCGAGGCCGAAAGCAGCUCAGCCCUCCUCCGGUGCUUGUGAAACUGAACACAACUAAAGUAUGGCUAUGGGAAACCAACACCCCUCGAUCAGUAGGCUUCAGGAGAUCCAGAAAGAAGUGAAGAGCAUAGAACAGCAGGUGAUCGGCUUCAGUGGUCUGUCAGAUGACAAGAAUUACAAGAAGCUGGAGAGGAUCCUAACGAAACAACUGUUUGAAAUAGACUCUGUGGAUACUGAGGGGAAAGGGGAUAUCCAGCAAGCUAGGAAGAGGGCAGCCCAAGAGACAGAACGCCUCCUCAAGGAGUUGGAGCAGAAUGCGAACCACCCACACCGGAUCGAAAUCCAGAACACUUUCAAGGAGGCCCGCCUCGUGAAGGAGAAGAUCAUGCCGUUCCCCAAAAUCAGAAAUUAUCGGAGGGAAGUAGUCGAAGACAUCAACAAAUUAUUGAAGUAUUUGGAUUUAGAAGAGGAAGCAGACACUACUUAUGCGUUUGACCUGGGACAGAAUCAUUCCAUUUUAAAAAUAGAGAAGGUCCUCAAGAGAAUGAGAGAAAUAAAAAACGAACUUCUCCAAGCACAAAGUCCUCCGGAAUUGUACCUGAGCUCCAAAACAGAAUUGCAGGGUUUGAUCGGACAGCUGGAUGAGGUGAGUCUAGAAAAAAACCCCUGCAUCCGGGAAGCCCGGAGAAGAGCCGUGAUUGAAGUGCAGACCCUGAUCACUUACAUUGACUUGAAGGAAGCCCUGGAGAAGAGAAAGGCGCUCACCUGCGAGGAGCACCCCUCCCACAGAGCAGUCUGGAGUGUCCUGGGAAACUUGUCAGAGGUCCAGGGAGAAGUUCUUUCAUUUGACGGAAAUCGAACUGAUAAGAACUACAUCCGGCUGGAAGAGCUGCUGACCAAGCAGCUGCUGGCCCUCGAUGCCGUGGACCCGCAGGGGGAGGAGAAGUGCAAGGCUGCCAGGAAGCAGGCCGUGAAGCUCGCCCAGAAUAUUCUCAGCUAUCUGGACUUGAAAUCCGAUGAAUGGGAGUACUGAAGUGCCAGCGCGCACAGCUGAGAUCACUUGUUUUGCACUUUAUAUAUACGACUAUGUAUUUAUAGAGCGCUUUCAGUUCAUUGAUCUGAAUGUGAUUUAUACAUGCAUAUUUCAAUCUCAGUAUUUAUGAUUUAAGCAAAUUAUAUCCACGACCUCUGCUGCUUUUACUGUUGCAAAACAAAUAUUACAGCACAUGAGCUUUUCCAUUCGGGUCGUUGUCCGUAUGAUGUGGUGUGGUUUGUUUUGUUUGUCCUUUUUGUUUUGUGUGUGUGUUCCUUGAAAAAACAAAAUAGAGACAACUUCAGUAGUUAAUUUUUUAAAGGAUUGUGCAAGGAUUAAAUGCAGAUAUUUGCAGAUCUACAAAUAGACAUAACCUUAUAUGAUAGGAAAGAUUAUGAGAAAGGGGGAAAUGUUUGGUUAAAUAGGAACCAGGCCAGAGUUCAGCACAGUGCAGUGAUUUUUUUUUUAUGCUAAAUAAAACGAGUUUUUGCACUAACAAAGCCUCCUUGGGACCACCCAGCUGAGUGGUGGGGACUUUGUUCUGUUUAUUGAUGGUCUGUUCUUUUGUAAACAUUUUUGUUUGAGAAACAGCUAUCCCACACACACACACUUUGCAUUUUGAGGGGAAAAUCUUAUUUUCGAAUUAUUAAAAUUGUAAAAACUAAUGACCAAAAAGCCUUUGUGGCUGCAUUUAAGAAGGGAUAAAACACCAGCUAUUUAGUACCUUCAGGUUUGGUGGGGGUGUAUUGCUUGUAAAAUGUAAACUUAAAAUUCUUAGUAAUUAGUAAGGAUGGGAACAUUUAAAUGGAGUUAAUAGAUCUUUUUUAAACAAACAAGGAAACACCCACAGUUACAGCGAAGAUCAGUUACACUGUCAGGUUCCACUACAACUAAGCAAGAGCGUCUGAAGGUAGCUCGUGGCGGUGCUCCUCGUUCCAGGCCAUGGUACGGACAGACGUGUCAGACGUGCCUGGUGCUACUUGGCAGCGGAUGAGAGCAGGAACCCGGUGAGCCCCAGGGCAUGGGAAUUUAUAGUUUGUCAGGAAGUUAGCUGGCAGCCACUGGUAUCUUAAAUGUCACCUGCUCUGGGCUAGUGGAUGAGACCUGCACAGAAUUAGAGGUGUGUCCUGGGCACCUGCCAGUCUCCCUGGCUGGUGUUAUCAGGAUGGGUGUUACCGGCACACAGGUGUUCUCUGUUGCCUGGACGAGUCGUUAAAGUCUGUGCGCACAGAGUGUUUUCCUCCUCUCAAGGGCGUUUAUAUUUCUGUAAGUACUUUCUGGAGGAUCAGUUUUACAGCUGCCUUUGAUGCAAACGAGGAUUUUCCAGAAUCCUGAAGUGCCUUGACAGCAUGUUCCCACUACGACUAGCAAACUACUUUGUGGUAACCUGGCACCAAAUAAUCCCUUUAGACUCCCUCUUUUGGACUCCAUGGUAAUCUGUUGUUCUCUUUCAGAGAUGUUGAUUUUGUACCUUUGCGGGGAAAUUGUCCCUUCUAACUGUUCCAGUGCUUGCACCAGAUGAUUCUGCUAAAAGUACGGUGGAGGAAUUUGCCUUAAGUAUCUCAAAGACGAUGAAAACAUAUCCCUGAACAAAUCUUCACUUUGUCUCGACCACCCAAUCACUCAAUGCCCUUGAUAAGUCUUUUCCUAUGCAGAAUGUUCUAGAACCCUUGGCUAGUGUGGUCAAAGGGUUGUCAGAGUCCCACUGCAGGCUGGCACCUGUUGGCUAUGGGUGCUGUCAGUGGGGUUCAUUGGAAUCCUCCUUUUAACCAAGGAGGUUCUAGGAUUGCUUUUUUGCGUCAUAAUGUUAAGAGUGCUCGUAGGAUCUUGAAGAAGAGUUAGGAUAAGCACCCAGAGAUGCCCUUCACCGGGAUCAGCUACUUACAUUUUCAUCUCAUUUUUGAAAAUUAAAUGUCACCAUUCCCUGUAAAAAGUAUCCCUCGUUCUUUGAAAGGAGAUUUCCUUGUCACGCUUUUCGGUUUUUAUAGCUUUUGUGAAGACCUCUGCUCAAGCGACCAUCAUGUGGCGGUGCAGGGUUCAGAACUGAUCCCUGGUCGCUGUGACCCUUUGGUAUGGGCAGUUGCGGUCAUUGUAGGGACCAGUUCGACCGCGAGUGACUUCAAUUUGCUCCAGGUCCUUGCACCAGAUGAUUCUGCUGCCGUGAAGAGUCUUCGAGACACCGGACUUAGCUUUCCUCAUCCUUGGGAGCCAUGUGUCACCGGGCGGCUGCACGGCGCUCUCACUGGGCUCAUCAUGUGUGUUUUAUGUUCCUGAUCAUGAAGAGAAUCUACUGCAAGUCACACUGACACCAAAGAUGUGCCGCCCGAGUCCAGUAAGCCGUAGCCCGUGCCCCGUGCCCGCUGGCGGGUCCUGGCUGUCUUGCCUUGCUGGCAGCCGGUGUUGCUUUCAGAUCGUCCUCGGCCAGACAGGAAGUCGGCCGCUGUAAGGAGGCAGUUGCUAAAAUAAACAGCCAAUGUGUCAAAACA